UGUAUGAAUGUCUAUGAGGGUGCCCUAUAUAAGCCUCUGCAGGCAGCCUUCUUCUCCAGUACCAGUGCAGGAACUGCGCAAUCGAGACCAUCCAAGUCAGCGCAGGGGCCAGGUGGCAGAACAAUGGCAGUGUCGGUGUACCUUCUUUUACUUGUCCUACCAUUUGUGUUGUCAUCUUCAAAGUCACAGAACCCUGGUUGCAGAAUACGCAUCACUUCCAAAGGUCUACAGUUCGUGAAACAUGAGGGGCUGAAGUUUGUGGAACAGGAGCUGGAGAAUAUCACUAUUCCAGAUCUGAAUGGCACUGAGGGGAGGUUCAGCUACAGUAUUAACAAUGUACAUGUCACACACUUACAGCUAUCACAGUCUGAAUUGAGGUUCCAACCAAACAGACAACUGGUGUUAGACAUUAACAAUGCGUCAAUCAGCCUCAAUUUCCAGAGAAAACUUCUCUACUGGCUUUUCUAUGACGUGGGGAAGAUCAAUGCCUCAGCUGAGGGAGUACACAUUAAAACUGACCUGGAUCUUGCCAGAGAUUCAACAGGACGUUUGAAGAUUUCCAAUAUGACGUGUAAUGCAUCCAUCAGCAGAAUGCAGGCUGGAUUUAGUGGUACACUCAAGAGGGUGUACGACUUUCUUGGUUCUUUCAUAACAACAGGAAUGAAAUUUCUAAUUAACCAACAGAUUUGUCCAGCACUAACGCAUGCUGGGAUGGUACUGCUAAACUCCCUGCUUAACACUGUGCCCGUAAAGAAUCCAGUGGAUGAUUACAUAGGCAUCGACUAUUCUCUUCUGAGUGAUCCCGAUGUGUCCGAAGACAGUUUAGAUAUGGAUUUUAGGGGCAUGUUCUUCUCAUUAGAUGCCAAGAAUGACACCAUCCCAAACACAUCCCCAGCACUCCACAUAAAGCAGAAGGAACGCAUGGUCUACAUUGCCCUUUCUGAGUAUUUUUUUGAUUCAGCAAUGUAUGCGUAUUAUAAGUCAGGUGUACUCAGCUUGGAAAUUGAAAAUGAAGAGAUGCCUAAAGACUUGGAAGUCUUGCUGCGGACAUCAUACUUUGGAAGUCUAAUGCUUAUGGAUCCAGCUGUGGCAGACGCCCCUAUGAAACUAGAGCUGCAUGUUUCUACACCUCCACGGUUUACCAUAAAGCCAACAGGAACCAGUGUUUCGGUGAAUGCCCUUCUGAACAUCUACCUUAUUCCAGAAAACAAGCCCCCUGUGCAGCUCAGCAGCAUGACAAUGGAAUCGCGCCUAAGUGCUAGGGUGACACUGAAAAAGACCACUUUACUGAUUCAGCUGGACCUCAAGAGGUUCAGAAUAUACUCCAACAAGUCAGCACUGGAGUCUCUGGCACUCAUACCCUUACAAAGCCCCUUAAAGACGCUUCUACAGUUGACAGUGAUGCCAAUCCUUAAUGAGAGGACAAAGCGAGGCGUUAGCAUUCCCCUUCCAGAAGGUUUGGAUUUUACUCGGGAGACAACUACUCACCAUGCUGGUUUUAUUCUCAUUGGUGGUGAUUUACACUUCUCCAUGAGUCUCCGAGAAGUUAUUGACAAAUACCGUCCUGUCCCGACUGCCCCAGCAGAAACAACCACAGGGACAAAUGAGGCUAUCUGAAAUCCACAACAUUGCAGCCUUCCUUGAUGGCUAUUGAGGGUCAACUAAAUGAUAGUUGUGUGAGCAUAUCACAGAUCUAAUGUGUCUCUAAUUCAAGGACAUUCCAAUACUCACCCAAACCAGUACUACAGUAUAGAGGACGUCCCAAUGGAUGUGGUUAGACUUUAAAAGACACCAAUCAUGACUGGUAUGAGGGCACUAGAAACCUUAUGUAUCAUAAUCAAGUAGAACAGAUACAGAGAAGAAUUUAUUGCUACAACCUAAAGACUAUUUAACAAUUCUAAAAUGAAGUCAAUCACUUGAGGAAUUUAACCAUCUCUGAGCAAAAAUAAUAAUCUGUUUUACUUGUGUGAAUAAUCUUUAUAACAAUCUUUAACUAACAGGUAACAUACAGAAUAAAGAACAGUUUUGUUUUGAG